ACUUUCCACCUCUCCUCACUGUACCACCUCGGUUUAGGCAUCAUUUUAGCGAGAGGAGGCCUACCUACCUAUUUUCCUCUCAUCAAAUUACGCGACAAAAGGUUGAUAAUUACCCAGGAGUGUCACAUUGACGUUGCGUCUUGCUUGCCUAAAGGUUGGUGUGGGGUAACUCGGGGUACAUGAACUGAGCUCCCUCCCCGCUGGAUGACGUGAACCCCAGCAGCUAAAUCCCCAACCUCACUUCUGCAAACCACAUCGACAGAAUCCGUCGCAAAUUUCAACGCCAUCAACAUCCAGUGUAACUGCUCAAGGACCUCACGUAUCAACUUAAUCGAAACAAACCACGCCAACCACCACGAUGGCGCCCCCAUUAAGCCCCGCCGCCAUCCUAGACGGCAUGGCCGCCGCCCUCCCCACGCACGCCAAAGACGACACUACCUCGGACCUAAGCAGCUCCCUCGAUGCCGUCGCCCUCUUUGUGCACGCAGCCAUGACCUCCGUCGGCUUCCGCCUGAUUGGCUUUUCCGAGGACAGCAAGCCCGAAGAACAAGCCGAAUGCCAAUCUCUCGCCCCGCGCCUGCCCAGCACAUGGAACCGCAGCCUGUCUUCGCACUGCUUCGUCUACGCACACGAACAAUCAUCGAUGCGCUACGUCAUUCGCGUCGACCGCAUGGGCUCCAAGAUUGAGAUCCGCGGGCUUGGUGUGGGCGACGAGCGGAUUGCGCGGUUUGAGAUCACGACUAGGGAUUAUGUGUCGGCUGCUGCUCUGCCCAUUCGGAUUCCUAUUUCUGAAGAGACUGGCGAAGAGGACCGGAGUGACCUCCCUGAGAAGCUUAAAAAGGUGUUCAUCUCGGACGAACGCAUCGCUGACCUGGCGUCGCUGCUCAAGAUUAACAUCAUCCAGCGCCUCGUCCCCAGUCUGCAGAAGGAAGGGUACGAGGAGAGUCCCGACCACCGUGCUGCAAGGCAAGAUGCGGAUGAAGCUGGUCGUCGCGCAGGCGGCUCUCGUCAACCUCCUCCCGGACCUCAACAGCCUUUGCAUCCGCUCAUGCCUGAGCCUGCUCAACCGUACCCUUACCCAGACGACCUCGAGCCGCCUGCCCGUCGCCCGAUUCCGACUGGAGACUUCCCGCCUCCGGGCUUUGAGGACGAAUACGAGAUUAACCGCCACCCUCGCGGCGGCGGCCUGCCGGGCUUGGUGGGCGGACCGAAUCAAGGAGGAAGAAGUGAUUACGGGAGAAGUGAUCUCUACCCAGCCGGUCUGGGACCGGAUGAUCCCAUCAGGGGAACGUUUGCGCCGCCGCUUGGUGGACUACCGAGACCCGGAGGGAGAGGACCUGGUGGGUUCGGGACGGGUGGUAUGCACCCGACUUUUGACGAUCCGCUUUUCCAAGGUCCGCGAGGAGGAAGUGGAGAGGGAGAAGGAGGCUAUGAUGACCAAGCGCCGCCGGGGGCCAGGUGGGAUCCAGUGGGUCCUGGAGGUUUACCGAGGUUUGGGGGGGAUAGACCUGGACGCGGAGGAGGGAGGGGCUUUGGUGGAGGGGGCUUUGGUGGUUUCGGAGGGGAUAUCAUUUGAUUGAAGAGUGGCCAUGGGAGUUCAAGGAAAUCUUUCAGGGCUGAAUCCAUCCUGUGCUGCUACCUUUUCCUUACGAAAGAUGAGUAGACGGUUAUGAGACACACAAGGUACAGUGAGGCCUGACAAAAGAGAAGCUCAAGCUGUUGAUAAUGGG